AUGAGGCUUCGAAAGGGCCUGCCCAAACUGCCAGUGCCCCCUCUGCAGCAGACCCUGGCCACCUACCUGCACUGCGUGCAGCACCUGGUGCCUGAGGAGCAGUUCAGGAAGAGCCAGGCCAUUGUGCAGCGGUUUGGAGACCCUGGAGGCCUCGGGGAGGCCCUGCAGCAGAAGCUUCUGGAGCGGCGGGAGAAGACAGCCAACUGGGUGUCCGAGUACUGGCUGAAUGACAUGUAUCUCAAUAACCGCUUGGCCCUGCCCGUCAACUCCAGCCCAGCUUUGAUCUUUGCACGGCAGCACUUCCAGGAUACCAACGACCAGCUAAGGUUUGCAGCCAGCCUCAUCUCUGGUGUGCUCAGCUACAAGGCUCUGCUGGACAGCCACUCCCUCCCCACCGACUGUGCCAAGGGCCAGCUGUCAGGGCAGCCCCUCUGUAUGAGGCAAUACUAUGGGCUCUUCUCCUCCUACCGGCUCCCUGGCCACACCCAGGACACGCUGGUGGCCCAGAAGAGCAGCGUCAUGCCUGAGCCUGAGCACAUCAUUGUGGCCUGCCAAAACCAGUUCUUUGUCUUAGAUGUUGUCAUUAAUUUCCGCCGUCUCAGUGAGGGGGAUCUGUUCACUCAGUUGAGAAAGAUAGUCAAAAUGGCUUCCAACGAGGACGAGCGCUUGCCUCCGAUCGGCCUGCUGACGUCAGACGGGAGGAGCGAGUGGGCCGAGGCCAGGACGGUCCUCAUGAAAGACUCCACCAACCGAGACUCACUGGACAUGAUUGAGCGCUGCAUCUGCCUGGUGUGCCUGGACACCCCAGGGGGUGUGGAGCUCAGCGACCGCAACAUGGCCCUUCAGCUCCUCCAUGGCGGAGGCUGCAGCAAGAAUGGGGCGAAUCGCUGGUACGACAAGUCCCUGCAGUUCGUGGUGGGCAGGGACGGGGUCUGUGGCGUGGUGUGUGAGCACUCGCCUUUUGACGGCAUCAUCCUGGUGCAGUGCACGGAGCACCUGCUCAAGCACAUGAAGAAAAGCACCCAGAAGCUGGUCCGAGCCGACUCUGUCAGCGAGCUCCCGGCCCCCAGGAGGCUCCGGUGGAAAUGCUCCCCGGAAAUUCAAGGCCACCUAGCCUCCUCUGCAGAAAAGCUUCAACGGAUCGUGAAGAACCUUGAUUUCACUGUUCAUAAGUUUAACUACUACGGGAAAACAUUCAUUAAGCAGCAGAAAUGCAGCCCAGAUGCCUUCAUUCAGGUGGCCCUCCAGCUGGCCUUCUACAGGUGCCACGGGAGACUCGUACCCACCUACGAGAGCGCGUCCAUUCGCCGGUUCCAGGAGGGACGGGUGGACAACAUCCGAUCAGCCACUCCAGAAGCCCUGGCUUUUGUGAAAGCCAUGACUGACCCCAAGGCAGCCACCUCGGAUUCAGAGAAGCUGCUGCUCUUGAAGGAUGCCAUCCGGGCACAGACCGAGUACACAGUCAUGGCCUUAACAGGCAUGGCCAUCGACAACCACCUGCUGGCCCUGCGGGAGCUGGCCCGGGAAGUGUGCAAGGAGCUGCCCGAGAUGUUCACGGAGGAAACGUACUUGAUGAGUAACCAUUUUGUCCUCUCCACCAGCCAGGUGCCCACAACCAUGGAGAUGUUCUGCUGCUAUGGUCCUGUGGUCCCCAACGGGUAUGGUGCCUGCUACAACCCACAGCCUGAGAACAUCCUCUUCUGCAUCUCCAGCUUCCACAGCUGCAAAGAGACCUCUUCCAGCAAGCUUGCAAAAGCAGUGGAGGAAAGCCUGCUUGAAAUGCAAGCACUCUUCCUCCUGCUGCCUCCUGCCACCGACAAGCCACUGGCAGCCAAGGAUAAGGCCGCCAGGCCUAGCCCUUGA